GAAUUAAUUUAUUCCGUGCGCCAAUUUUUCUCAACAACUGGUAUCAGAGCUAGGCGCUGCUAAUAUUCACAUGAACAAUGGAGGUGAACCAGAGCAAAAUGAUCACGCUGAAUAGUUCAAACUAUCAGCUGUGGAAGGGGAAAAUGGAAGACCUUCUUUAUGUGAAGGAAUUUCAUGAGCCUGUCUUUUCAGAGCAAAAGCUAGACAGCAUGAAGGAUGAAGAAUGGAGGCUACUUCAUAGGUACAAAGAUGGCACAUCCACAGCAGACCAUGUUAAUGAUUUCCUUGGCAUCAUCAAGGAGUUAGCUAAUUUGGGCAUAGACUUUGAUGAUGAAGUAAAUGGUCUGAUUCUUCUCAACACCUUGCCGGAAUCAUGGGAGAGUUUUAGAUCAACAACAAUCAACUCAUCUUCUGGUGGUCAAGUCACACUGGAAAUUGCCAAAAACAGGAUCUUUGAAGAGGAAAAAAGGAUGCGGGCAUUGGGAGUCUUCUCGCAACCAGAUACUCAAGCUCUUGUCACGGAGAAUAGAGGCAGGAGUAAAACCAGAGAACCCAGAGGACGAGGAGGCAGAUCCAAAUCAAAGUCCAAAAGUGGAGUGAAAUGCUAUCAUUGUGGCCAACUAGGCCACAUGAAAAGGAAUUGCUACUUGUUGAAAGGAAAAGACAAGAAAAAGGUUGAAGAUAGCAAUACAACUGUUGUAGCAUCUACCAGUGGCGGUGACGUGACUCUACUAUGUGAUCGUGGGGAGUGCUGCCAUGUAGAAAGCUCAGAUGCUAAGUGGAUAAUUGAUUCUGCACUGGAUGAAGAAGGAUACGCACACUACUUCGGGAAUGGCAAUUGGAAACUCACUAAAGGAUCAUUGGUGGUGGCAAAAGGAAGAGCAUGUUGCUCAUUAUACAAGACACACAUGAAAAUGUGUGGAGGUCAACUGAACACAGUUGAAGAUGAGGCUUCUCCAAAUUUAUGGCAUAAAAGAUUAGCUCACAUGAGUGAGAAAGGAUUGCAAUUUGGGCUAAGCAGUCCCUUGUUCCCAUUGCCAAAGAAGAAUUUGAUUCGGAAGGAGAACAAGCUAGACUUGGACUACUCUGACGUUUGUGGUCCCUUGGAGAAUAAAAGCCAAGUUUUCAAGUAUUUCCAGCAUUACCAUGCUAUGGUGGAAAGGGAGACAGGGUUGAAGUUGAAAUGUCUCCGUACAGAUAAUGGAGGGGAGUACACCUCUAAAGAAUUCAGAGACUACUGUUCCAAGCAUGGCAUGAGGCAUGAGAAGACAGUUCCUGGCACACCACAACACAACGGUGUUGCAGAACGGAUGAACCGUACCAUUGUGGAGAAAGUUCGAUGCAUGCUAAGAAUGGCAACUCUACCUAAGCCAUUCUGGGGUGAAGCAGUCAACACAGUAGUUUAUUUGAUCAACUGGUCGCCUUCAAUUCCUUUGAAUUUUGAAAUCCCGGAAAAAGCUUGGACGGGAAAGGACGUUGGAUACUCUCACUUGAGAGUGUUCGGGUGCAAAGCAUUUAUGCACGUACCAAAGGAACAGAGAUCAAAGUUGGAUGAUAAAGCCAUUCCAUGCAUUUUUGUUGGAUAUGGUGAUGAGGAGUUUGGCUAUAGACUAUGGGACCCAGAAAAGAAGAAAACUGUCAGAAGUAGAGAUGUCGUGUUUCAUGAACAUGAGAAAAUUAAUGAUUUGAAGGAAGAAAAAGCUACAAGAAGCUCUGGAGAGGGUGUAGAAGAUCUAACACUGGCAAAAACUCCUUCAAGAAAAAUUACAAAUGAAGAAGAGGUGCAAGCACCAGAAGAUGAGACAUAGGAGCCAACAAUUGAAGAAGAUGAAGCAAAUGUAGAUGGGGGAAAUGAUGAGCAAGGGGAGCAACCCCUGCCACAAGAGGAAAAACCUCAGCUAAGAAGGUCCACCAGAGAGCACAAACCAUCUACAAGAUACUACAAUUCUGAUUAUAUCCUAAUCACUGAAGAAGGGGAGCCAGAGAACUUCCAGGAGGUGCAGUCUCACAAAGAUAAAGACUACUGGAUGAA